AUGAGCCGGCUAAGCCAGGGUGUCCUGGUCACAUGUCUACUUCUUGGACUUUUAUUCUCCAGCCUGGAUACAUCGAUUGCUUCUACAUCCUUAAUCACGAUCUCGCGAGAAUUACAAGAUUUCGAGAAUGCGCCUUGGAUCGUGCUGGCGUAUCUCUUGACAUAUAUGGGAUUUGCCAUUGUGAUUUCGAAAUUAAGCGACAUAUACGGCCGAAGAAAUAUGCUCGUGCUGUCGUGGGUGCUUUUCACGGCGUUUUCCCUCGGUUGUGCUUCCUCUAGAAGCAUGGUAGCCCUAAUAGUCUGUCGCGGGUUCCAAGGCAUUGGCGCGUCCGGGCUAUACAGCCUGACCCAGAUUGGCUUGGUCGAAGUUGGCCCGUCGCAUAGACCGAGCUUGAUUGGGGCCAUGAUAGGAGCUACUCUGACUAUCGCAUUUGUAUUAGGGCCGAUUAUUGGUGGUGUGGUGGUACAGUUCUCGGACUGGCGAUGGCUCUUCAACAUAAAUAUUCCCUUUGGCCUCGUUGCCAUGCUCGCCAUUACAAAUUUCUGGCCGCCUGAAAAGGCUGCUCAUAUGCUGUCCUGGCAAGCCUUUACAUCCAUUGAUUUUAUUGGCAGCGUUACACUGCUAUGCAGCUCUGGCCUCUUGGUGUUUGCCAUUCAGCAGGCUGGAUCGCAGAUUUAUGCUUGGAGCAGCCCGGAGAUCAUCAUCACCCUCACAAUUUCCGCGAUAUGCUGGAUGCUAUUUGUCUUGUGGCAAAUCCUUUUGGAACUAAAGAUGUAUGGAGGGAUCCAGCCAAUAUUCCCGAUCCGACUCAUGCGACGACGCGUUUAUUUCGCCGGACUCCUUGUUACACUCCUAACCGGAUUUCCGUACAUAUCUUUGGCGAUUACUAUUCCCGAGAGAUACCAAAUUGUUGACCGACAGUCGGUCUUGAUGGCCAGUGUUCACAUUUUACCCUUGCUCGGGGCAUGUGCGAUGGGCUCAUUCCUGGGCGGGGCCAUCUCCAGCAAGAAGAACAAUACUGCGUACACACUUGUCGCAGCAGCAUGCUUUCAGCUUCUCGGACUAACGCUCAUGUCGAUCAUUCCGUCCAAGGUCAAAGCGACGCAUCAUGGUAGCGGUCUCGCUUUUCACCCUUGA